AUCUGAUUUCAUGAUCACUUGAAUCCUUCCUCCAUCUUAAUCCUGUUGAUAGAGUGCAAAACAUGACUGUGAAAGAUUUUCCUGAAGAAUGUUGGGAAUCAGUAUUCAGAUUCCUUGGCCUUGGUCAUCAUCAUUUGGAGUCUCUAUCUCUGGUUUGCAAGCAGUUUCUUGCCAUUACAAAUAGGCUUCAAUUCUCUCUCACAGUGUAUGAUCCAACCAUUCCACUUCUUUCUCGGUUGUUGCUUAGAUUUCCAAGGCUCAAAAUCUUAGACCUGAGUCUCUUGAAUGGCCACCAUGAAGGCUUGCUUCGUCAAAUUUCACAAUCUGGGUUGGAGCUUGAUUUGAUUAAUCUAUCCAACCAGAGAACACUUCCUGUUGAUGGCUUGCGAGAACUUGGCUCAAACAUGAAAAAUUUGAGGGUUCUGAUCUGCUCAAACAUUGGCUCUCUUCGUGAUAGUCAUCUGGUAAUCAUAGCUUAUUGUUUCCCAUUGCUUGAAAAGCUUGACAUAAGCUUCCCAUUGAAUUCCCAAGCAUCUGAUUUUGGGGUUCUAAGGCUUUCUUCUAUGCUUGAGAAUCUUCGCAAGAUUAAUAUCUCUGGUAAUCAUUUGAUCACUGAUAAAUCAUUGUUCUCUCUUUGCCAAAACUGUUUGUCAUUGGAAGAGAUUUCAUUCUUCAUCUGUUUUAAGAUCACUCAAACAGGCAUUGCCUCUGCGAUCCGCCUCAGACCCGGUUUGAGCUCCAUUGCCUUUAACAUUGAAAAGAAAAGAAUACAUGGACCUGGUUUAACACUCACCCCCAUUGACUUGAAUUUGAUCGAUUCAUUCAGGACUUUGAAAAGGUUAACUGCUAUUGAUUUGUCGAAUUCUGUUAUCUCGGAUGAGUUUCUCUUUGCGGUUGCAGAAGGUGCAGGUCUUCUGCUAAAGAAGCUUAUCCUCCAAGACUGUUGCAAUUGUACAUUUUCAGGAAUCUCUUAUGUGUUAUCCAAAUGCCAAUCUGUUCAAUGCUUGGAUCUUCGGAAAGUUGAUUUCUUAACUGAUCAAUGUAUCAGCAAGUUAUCUGUAUUUCUUCUUAGCCUAACCACUAUAAACCUCAGUGGUUGUUGCCAGCUGACAAAUUCAACAUUUUUCAUUCUCACAAGAAACUGUCCUUUGCUCAGUGAGAUCAAAAUGGAAAGGACAUAUCUUGGGGUGGAAGGGGAAGAAGAUUCAAUGGGGGAUUUUGCUGUCAACCUUGAAGUGAAAAAGGUGUUUUUGGGUGAUAAUGUUUUGCUGAGUGAUGCAAGUUUGGUAAAAUUCGUUUCCAUUUGCCCCAGUUUGCAGCUUCUUGACUUAAUCGGUUGUGAGGGUGUUUCUGGUGAAGGUGUUGUUGAGGUUUUGAAGAGAUGCAGUGAGAUAAGGCAUUUGAACCUGGCUAAUACAGGAAUGGAAGUGUUUGAUAUAGACUUUGAAGUUUCGAACCUGAAGGUGUUGAACUUGUCAGGGUCAAAAAUUGAGGAUGAAACUCUCUCAGUAAUUUCAAGAAGGUGUGGUGGACUACUACUUCUGGACAUUCAGAGUUGCUGGCAUGUUACAGCAAAGGGUGUUAGAGAAGUAGUACAAAACUGCAAGACAUUGAAGGAGUUGAAUCUGAAGAAUUGUAGGUUGGUGAGUGAUGAUUUUGUUGCUUGGUUGGAGUUUUCAAAACCAUCAUUGAGAAUAAUAGUCACACCUACUGAUGUUGGUGCUUAUUUCUGAUAUGAAGCUGAGGAAAAUCAUUGAGAUGUGGACACCGUCUUGGUUGUUAGAGUGUUAAGAAUCAUGUGUGUUAAGGGUAGUGCUAUUUUAACAACACAUUCCACAACAAAGGAAAAGAAAAAGUAAAGUGAAGAGACCAAAAUAUGUAAAAUAAGAUGGAUGAUUUGAUGAAUUUUUUUUAUGGGAAUUUAUUGUUAAAAUAGCAUUGCACUGAUAAUAGCAUUUUUAUGAAAGUUGGAAGUCGUAGCUGUGUUGUGUGUGAAUUUUUUUUGUAUGUUGAUAUUUCGUGUUUGAGGAAAAAG